CAAACACUCACUUCUGGAAACCGUGUUGCAGAGUGUGAGGUAUCGACACCUAACAAAGAUCAACCUGAGCUCCCCUCACCCACUCAGCAAGAAGCCUCACCCUCCAGCAACACCGCUCAGUCGACCCCGAGCACUCGGUCCAAGAAAUCCGUGAACUUCGCCGACUACCCCAACUUGGACCCUGCGAUAGCUGCGACGAUGAGGGUCCCCGACCUCAAAGAGGUAUGGGGCUACGUGCGUCCGCGCAAGCCCAGCAAGACCCAAGCGAAAGCGGAGGCAGCGGCGCCAAUCGAACCCCUUCCUGAGUUAAAGACAAAAGCUCAGCUCAAGCCUCGCUAUGAGCUGGAACACAAACCUCAGAAGCACAAGCCCCAUCCCCUCAAUCUGAGGAAUGUCAAUCCGUCCAGCCAGACUGGCACAGAGGUCCAGCAUCCUCAUCACCGCCAGAACGGGGACGAAAAGCGCCCACGCACUCCUCACACCCCCGGUGGCCAGACCAAAACCGAACCUGCAGCCGCGAAGGAGCCUCCUGCCAAACCGUCUCCAGAAGCCCCAUACAGCGAUCCCCGACAGGUUCCCGAGGACAUGCGCACCGCGUUGGACCGCCAUUUCAUCCGCGCCAUCGAGGCCACCGGCCCGUCUACACCCUGGGAGGAAGUCAUAAAGACCGAGACCGCGAAGCUGAUCGCCUCCAAGCCCAGCAUACCCAGCAACCACCACUACAUUCUGGAUCUGGAUCUGUACGGCCACGAGGAGGUCGACGAGAACAGUCCGAUCGCGCGCCACUACGGCUCCCAGUGGGCGACCAAGAAGUACCACCGCUUCAUGAACGGGCCCGAGCGCCGGUCCAGGCCCGACCCCCGCCAGAAGCAGAAUCUGGGCAAGGCGGCCAAGGUGCUGGAUUUUGAGUACCGGGAGGAUGUGAAGGGGUUCAUGUCGAGGAAGAGUACGUCGACCCUGUCGAAGAAGAGCGUGGUCUCGAGCUUGUCGAAGAAGAGCAUGCCGAGUCUGUCGAAGAAGAGCAUCUCGAAUCUGAGCACCAAGAGUGCCAAUACUGCCUCGAACAAGCAGGCGACCGCGUCAGCCGGCUCGAGCAUCAAGAGCACGAACGAACAAGCAACUGUAUCGUCGCCCAGCGCCAGCGUCCAACCCGCCAUCAGCACUCCCACUACCACGACCGCGGCUAGACCAUCGCACCUCCCCCGCCCCACAGCCACCGUCCAGACCAUCGUCACAAACAUCAACACCGUCGAGUCGAACGCAAAGCAGCAGCAGCAGCAGCAGCAGCAGGAGAAGGAGGAGGAGGCUACAGCCCGCGCCCGCAAGCCCAGCCCGACCACCCCUACCACCCCUACCCCUACUACCCCACGCACCCCCGGAACCACCACCACCACGCACACCACCACCCCAAAUCCACCAAAGCGCGCGACACAACCUACAUCACGAACAUCCCCACCCCCACCGGUGGCUUCACGCGCAUGGAGAUCGCGCAGGACGUGCCCCCGCGCCCGGACUGGCACGACCGCGAACGCCAGGACAUCGCGCUGACCUUCCGCGGCUUCGUCGACCCGGACAUCAAGUCGGACGUCAUCCCGGACUACUACCCGGGGAUGUUCGAUCACGACCCCUACGCCCGGAUCGUCGCCCCGCCGCCCCCGCCGCGCGUGGACUCGUUGCCGCUGCCCGCCGAUCUGCCUCCCUACCUCAAGGCGUACCACGAUAAGCUGCCCGCCGCGCCGGACGCGCCGGCCGUGCAGUAUA